AUGGGCAUAACCCACAGCACCGCGCGCUACAUCGCCCCCCUCUCCUUCCUAAUUGAUUUCGCCGCCCAACAAUACGGCAUGCUCUCGACACCCAACAUGAAAGAUAUCCACGAUGCGCAUCUCUCCUUUUGGUCACCCCAACCCUAUGCUAUUGCGCUAUUCUUUUUUCCGCAACAGAUCUUCCAGCUCGUGUGGUUGUAUCGAUUGUGGAAAUUGGAUGCGGGUAAGAGUGUGCAGGAGAAGGAGGAGGUGGCUUGGAUGAUAUUCUGGAACUCAGCUUCGCUUAAAACAGCCAAUGUAUUUGUUCUCAUCAACUCCCUCACACAACUCUACUUUAUAUUCCUCCGUCAACCCCCCAUGAACACCCAAUCUACCUCCUCAGUACUCACACACAUUGUAUCCAAAACAUUUGCCGGCAUCGGCGUUCUGGAUCUCCUACACAAUGGAUCGGUAGCCUAUUUCGACCAUCAAGGUCCCUCAAUGGCAGUCAAAGUAUUGACCGGUGUCGGCUUCGGCUUGUUGUCUAGCAAUAGUGAUUGGAUUUUCGGGGGCUGUCUUGUGUAUGAUUUGUUAGCGUUGGCAGUGGGACAGAGACAGAUUGGAGCGACGACUUGGAGUAAUCUGUUGGGGGUUUAUGCUGUGGGUACGGCUGGUUUGGUCGGCUUGAGAAACUAUGCAAAGCCUCCUUAUAUCUCAAAGAUGGAUGGGUAUGAGCCUGCUCCUUCGGAUGAUGAGGAUAUUGUUGUGUAG